AUGGUACGAAAAAAUAUGUAUGAUGGCUGGUCAUACGAACGUCUCCGACAGCAGAGGAAUCGAGCGCAUUUCCUCUUGGAGGAUCCUUACCGUUUUGUGACGGUUCUGCUGCACAAUGGGAAGCUGUACGCCAUCGACAGCCCUUGCUAUCACGCCUCUGGUCCAUUGGGUGAAGGGGAGUUGAUGGAUUUGGAGGAUUCCCACACGGCCGCCUCUGUAGCGUGUUUGCGUUGCCCGUGGCACAACAUUCUGGUGGCGAUCGAUACGGGUGAAAUCGUGGAGGUGCAUCCCGACACCUCCGCCGUCCGCGGCAAAGAUGACGGCGGACGAGAGCUUGCGGCGCCGUCGUAUCCGUUGCGACCCCACUGGGAAGCGUCUGCUGGCUCUGUGCGACUAUCACGCGGGAAUGUGGUGCAGCGUACACACAAAGUCUCGCUGGAUGAGUCCAACGGCAUCAUGACGAUUGAAAUUGAGGACGAGGCGACAAUGAGGCGACAUCCCCUUCCCUCUGAUGCCGCUGCGGGAAUUCUAGAGAGCGGGGCGCUCACAAUGCAAAUAUUUGACAUCAAGUCCAAAGGUAUGAGCUGA